UCUCCCUCAUCCAGUUCCACUCCUUGGGGCAGUUAUGCAGCAACCAGACCCCCUCAGGUUUGGACCCUCCUUCGGUCUCGUUGAUCCCAUCCCCUUGCUGUUUGCCCUCAAACCAUCGUUGGCCUCUGUCCGACUUCCUUGGCCCAAACCCUCAAACCAAGGCCGGCUUCUAUUCCCGCCCCCCCAGCCCCUGACCCCGCCUCCCAGCCCCUGGCCCCGCCCCCUAGAUAGCCCGCGGACCCUUUUCCUUUCCCCUCUCUCCUCCCCCUUCCCACGUCCUCACUUGGCGGCUGGAGUCGGUGUGCUGAGACUCUUCAGGCAUCUCGACAGGCCGUGCUGGGUCUGACCCGAACCGGACGCGAUGAUCCUGGGGUUUCAGUGGCUGCUCGUCCCCGCUGUGUUGCUGCUUCGGGCGGGGGGGAGCCCACCGCCAUCAGUGCCGCUGGAUGAUGUGGUGGUGGAGAGCAAGUUCCGACCGAAGGAGUGCGUCCGGGCGGCUGAGCCCGGGGAUUUCGUCCGAUAUCAUUACCUGGGGACACUCCCCGGGGGAAACCAAUUCGACUCCAGCUAUAAUCGUGGCUCCACUUACAAUGUGUUUGUGGGUAAAGGGCGACUGAUUGCUGGGAUGGAUAAAGCUCUGAUUGGGAUGUGUGUGAACGAAAGACGCUUCAUAAAAGUGCCACCUCACCUGGCCUAUGGCGAUGAAGGGAUGCCUGAUAAAAUCCCACCUGAUGCUACCUUGUUCUUUGAUGUAUUGAUGCUCGAUAUUUGGAACCCUGAAGAUAAAGUGAAAAUUGAAGUUCGCUAUAAACCUGAGAACUGCAGUCGUGUUGUACAAGUGUCUGAUUUUGUCCGUUAUCAUUAUAAUGGCACUCUCCUGGAUGGUACAUUUUUUGACUCCAGCCACACUCGACAGCGAACCUAUGACACCUACAUUGGAAUUGGAUGGUUGAUUCCAGGCAUGGAUGAGGGGCUGCUGGGUAUGUGCGUGGGUGAGAAGAGGACAAUCACUAUGCCACCUUUCCUGGCAUAUGGCGAUAGAGGGGAUGGAAAGGAUAUUCCCUCACAAGCUACUCUGGUCUUUCACGUGACUUUGGUUGAUUUUCACAAUCCUAAAGACAGUGUUGCCAUUGAACAGGAGUUUGUUCCAGAUCCCUGUCUCAGGAAAACCAAAAAAGGAGAUUUUGUGAGAUACCAUUAUAAUGGCACACUUAUGGAUGGCACAUUGUUUGAUUCAAGCUAUUCCCGAAAUCAAACUUACAACACAUACAUAGGGGAGGGCUACGUUAUUGCAGGGAUGGACGAAGGGUUACUGGGCGUGUGUAUUGGAGAGAAAAGGACAAUUAUAAUUCCACCUCACCUGGGAUAUGGUGAAGAAGGAAUAAGUGAAUCUAUCCCUGGCUCGGCUGUUCUAGCUUUUCAUAUCCAUAUGAUUGACUUCCACAACCCAGCCGAUAAAAUAAAGAUCAAGACCUACCACAAACCCACCAACUGCACUGUCCUGAGCAAGAAAGGAGACUACAUCAAAUACCACUACAAUGCAACAUUGAUGGAUGGAACAAAAUUAGAUUCUACACACAACUAUGGAAAAACAUACAAUGUUGUCCUGGGUUCUGGUCAAGUUGUCAUAGGGAUGGACAUGGGUCUGACCAAUAUGUGUGUUGAAGAGAAACGAACCAUCAUUAUCCCACCUCAUCUGGGUUAUGGAGAGAGCGGAAUUGCUGGAGAGGUACCGGGCAGCGCUGUGCUCAUCUUUGACGUUGAGCUGGUAGAACUUGUCACAGGUCUUCCAGAGGGUUAUAUGUUCGUUUGGACUUCUUCACAAGUGUCUCCUGAUCUCUUCCAAGAAAUCGAUAAAGACAAAAACAAGGAAAUUUGUCUAGAAGAGUUCUCCGAAUAUAUCCUCAUGCAAGUGGAAAGUGGUCAGGGGAAACUGGCCCCUGGUUUUCCACCAGACAAAAUCAUAGAGAACAUAUUUUCCAAUCAGGAUCGGAACGGAGAUGGCAAUAUAAGUGCAGAUGAGUUCAAAUUGAAGGAAGAGGAGACCAAUCAUCAUGAUGAACUAUAAGGUCAAGUGUACACAUCUAUGUUGAGUGGAAAAAUAGAAUUAACCUGUGGUUUGUUGGUUGGGAGGUAGGUUUUGCCCAUUUUCCCAUUUUGGAACUUAGAUAUAAAACUUCAUUGAUGACAUUGAAAGCCCUGAUUUGAAAUUUAUUUUUUGGAUGGAGGAGUCAAUCACUCCUGAGCAUAGUUGAUCCAUGGUGUUUCACCUUUAAACAGUGUUCUUUGAAUUCUAUCUUAAUAAGGAGAAAUGUUUCCCCAUAUCAGCCCCAUCUUAUAUCCUCCAAAUUUGUUUUAGCUGAACUAUUUUAUCAUUUCAUGUGCAGUUCAGAAACAAUCAACAAUCACAACUUUGUGCCAAAAGAUUUAAAUUUUCCAUUAGUAUGUAAAAGCAUAUCUUGCAGCUUAAUUAUAAUUUUUUUUGUCAAUCAGUCAUUAUUCAGUGAGAGGUGGUCAGAUAUCAUAUUGUGGGUGACCAGGAAUGAUUGCCAGUAUGCAACACAUCAGUAGAAAACAGAGACUCAGUGCCUUUGCGUAACACAUGACUUAAGGUGCAUAAUUUUGUUAGAAUUUACACGCCCUCCAUCCAUAAAAUGAAUGUAGGGAGGAAAAGCAUGGAAGCAGUUGCAAUGAGUCUGACUCUGUGAGGCAUUUUCUCAAAGUAGGCACUUGUAUUCAGCUUCCUAAACUUAGUAAAUGAGUAAUGGAUGUAGCCUUUAAAUGAUGGUAUGCACCUCCAACAAUUUAAGUUCCUAAAACUGGAUCACAACCUGCAAUGACCGACUCCCUCUCGUAUUGCUAGCAGUAUCAACUAUGAAAUAAUGAUUCAGGUGAGACAGUCCAUCAAUCAGCUGUGAGCCCAAAUUGACGUGCACAUGCACUAAUUUCUUUUUUGCCUUAGUUCAAUGGAUGCAGUGGAAUGAAUUUGGCUUGAUCACGGUCUACAGAAUAGUAAGUGAAUAAAGCAUUGAUGUCAGUUCUCCAGCUUCCCCCCACUUUGCUUUCAUUUUGAAAUCAUAUUAAUUUUCAAGUUUAAUAAUUGUGGGAAGCAAUACUGUAAGAGUAGACUCACAGCCUAUUGUAAUGUGGAAUUGUCACUUCAAGGCCCACCAGACGGUGAAAACAUUGGAGGAGAACACUGCUCAUAUUGUAGUUGUGAUGACAUGUAAUGUGAUGUCUAAAGGUAUGCAUCAUUUUACAUUUCUUUCUCAUAUUCCAAGGUUUUGGGCUGUGUUCCCAUCCUCCAACCUGAUAAUAGUACUAGAACAAAGAUUCAAAAAUAUUUGCUUUAAAAAAAAUUAACAUUAAGCAUACCCAAUUGUAUAUCAUCUUAACAGACUUAUGCCAAAUGAAUGCUUAUGGAAAACAAGCUGCUAGUGUUGUGGCUGAUAGAAUAUAUUUGCAAAUUAAAUUUUGUUGCUGCAGUGCUACAGUAAAAUAACAAGGGAGUUGGACUAAAGGAAUAGUAAUUUCAAAGAGCCAUUACAUGCUUGAGGGCUGAAUGAUCCCUGUGUUUUAAGAUUCCAUUUUGCAUAAAAUACUUCCUCUUGUGCACAUUAGUGUUAGAGUCAUAGAGAUGUACAGCACAGAAACAGACCCUUCGGUCCAACUCGUCCAAGCCAACCAGAUAUCCUAA